AUCCGGCGCCGGCCGUGGCAUCUGGCGGCCACUCGCCGACGGAGCCUGGGCAGAGGGUGCACGCGCCGCCGCAGGCUGAACUCGGGCGCAUCUCAGUCGGACGGCCGGUUGACUCGAUCCCUUCACAAACGGAGAUGAACGACUCGGGUUUUGAGGAGGACCAGGCUCAGCUGCUGGCCGACCUGACGUCACAGGCGCUGAUCCACCAGCCGGCCGCAGCUGGUGUUGACCCGCUGGAGACGCUGGAGAGGCUGGCGGCGGCGGCGGCCGCGUCUUCGGACGUGCCGCCCUCCUCGGCCGCCUUCCUCUACGGCUUCACCCUCUGCAUCGGCGAGACGGUGCGCUACCUGACGGAGGAGGAGCGGCUGCCGGCCGACCACCCGCUUGUGCUCGGCGUCUGCUCCCACCUGCUCGCCGAGUACGCCCGCCUGCUCGAGCAGCUGUGCCCGCCGGCCGGCAAGACGCUCGAGCCUGCCCCUGGGGCGCUGCCGGCCGCUCGGGCGGGACCGGAUGAUCUGGCCUCCGGGGCGGGGCCGCCGGGACCGACGUCUGGGGUCGGACCGCCCUCGGAUAACCCCAGACCGAGGCGGCCCGCCACCGCCGCCCCGCCAGCCGCCGGCUGUCAGUGAUGUAUCACUGGCCGUCAGUGAUGCACCGUCGGGUGCCAGUGAUGUACCUGCCGGGUGCCAGUGAUGUAUCGGCGGGUGUCAGUGAUGUACCGCCAGGUGUCAAUGUUGUACCGCCGGGUUUCAGUGGUAUACCGCCGACUGCCAGUGAUGUACCACUGACUGCCAGUGAUGUACCACCGCCUGUCAGUGAUGUACCGCCGGCUAUCAGUGAACGUGCUGCCGUGCGUGAGGCGGCCGAGGGCGGAGGAGGCGGAGAACCGGGCGAUUUUGACCGGCUGGCCGUCCGGUCCGCAGGCAGUGCGCACGAAGUUGAAUCGCGUUCCUCCCCGUGUUACGGCCGGCCGUGCGGUGCACAGGACUCUGUGGUCCGGCACGCUCUGCUGCAUAGUGUUAUCAUGUUUGGGGACGCAACGUACUUCAUCGCGUGAAGUUAUUUUCGAAAACAAAAUUUAAGUUUAUUUCGUGAACACUUUCUUUAAUGUCAGCCACCGCCCUACUUUGUCUCUUGACUACACUAUAAAGCGCGAUGAAAAUCUUCCGACACUGCUAUCCAAGCGCAUAUUCGAUUUCGAUUGAAUCUUUUCAUGAUGAACGCUGCAGCUGAUGUUUAGGUAUCGACCGCAAGAUACAAAGCGAUGCGUUUAAUAAUCGAUCACCGGCCAAGGAGACGAGCAUUCCUUUCAGCGCACGCACCAUUAAAAUAUGCCUGCCGUCUUAAUGCCUUGAGGUGUAUGAAAUAGAUACAUUUUCACCAG